GGAGGUAGGACGGGGGCACGGAGGCGGCCGCAGCCCCGGCCCCGUGAGGAGGCGUCAGGCGCGGGAGCUCCGGGUACCGGCUCCGUAUAAAUGGGGGGCGGCGGUGGCAGCAGCGGCAGCGCUGCGCCCAGACGGAGCCAGAGAGCGGCUCGGCAGCGGCAUCAGCAGCAGCACCGGUACGAUGGGCGGCGGCCCGCGGCGGCCCGGGGCUCUGCCGCUGCUGGCGCUGGCGCUGCUGGCGGCGCAGGGCUGCGCGGCUCCCCUGCAGCCCGGGGGCUCCCCCGCGCUCACCAAGAUCUACCCCCGCGGCAGCCACUGGGCUGUGGGACAUCUAAUGGGGAAAAAGAGCACUGGAGAUUUUCCUUAUGUCUAUGAAGAAGAAAACAAGACCCCAUUUUCAGCAUUACCCGAAAAUAUCAAGCAACUGCAAGACUAUCUGAAGUGGGAAGAAAUCUCAAAAUAUUUGCUACGGCUGCUGGAAGGAAAUGAAAAUCAAAGUGCUCACUUUUCAAAGGGAGGGCUUCCCUGGUAUGCCAGGAGCCCCUGGGAGACAGAUGACAACAGCAGCUGGAAAGAGAUGAUGGACUAUCUGCUUCAAGUUGUGAAUAUGAAAGAGAGCGCUCCAAGCUGAAAGAAGGGCUCCAAAUCAUGAAGAAACGUAAUGUUUCCGUAAGAGACUAUAUUUCACAAACACUUGAUUGUAUCAGAUAAUCAACAAGGUCUCUUUCCUGUAAACAAGAUUUCCUUUGUGUAAAAUAUCUAAAUACACAUAUUCUUGUAUGUUUCAACAAUGACUAAACUCUCUACUUCAUUUUCAAGGUUGCAUUUUCUCACUUGAAUGGCUUUGAUAUAUAUAAUUGUCACGGAAGGGUCUUCCAAUUAAUUAUACGACUUACCUAUCUAAUCAGUUCAUCUCUUAGUUCAAAACUACAUGACAUUUCAACAUUUGCAAUAAAUAGUACUAAUAAA